AUGGACACAAUGGAAAAGCCAUCUUACGGCAGCACUGCUAGUGCCCCUGCUGCUGCCACCACCGACAAUGACGAUGAUGGUGAUGCAGCUGCUACUGCUGCUGCUGCUGCUGCUGCUGCCACUGCCAAUGAUGGCGAUGAUGACGAUGACGACAACGAUGAUGAUGAUGAUGUAAUGGUAUUAGACAUGGAUUCAUCCUGCAAAGGCAUUGUGGGAAGGCUGAUAACCACCAAUUUCCUGAUACAGCAAAAAAAGCAUGUUGAGGAUGUUCAGUCUGACGCUGACACCAAAGAAUACUAUGGGGCUGUAGAACACCUGGAUGCUAUGUAUGGUCACCAGUUGUCCAAAUCAGUCUCUGAGGAUGAUGUUUUGCUUGAUUAUGACAAUAUAUUGAUGAUAGUUGACCAACUUCAAAUGAAAUAUAAAGCUUCUGGAAGACUGUUAGAAACCCAGGAUGCAAAUCAUUCAUAUAAAAUGAUACUGGAACAUAACCAAAGUCACUCAGAGUCACUUACAGAAAAAAGUAAGAAAAUGAAAAACCCAGUUAGUGAAGUGUUACAGAAGCCACAAGAAACAGAAAAGGCAAAAUCCCAGCUCAGCUGGAAAAAUGAAGAGCAGCAACUAGAACUCCUUGGUGUGGGAUUGGCUGGAGAACAAGAAGCACAACAAAGAAAUGCUCUUUAUUUCUAUGAAAAAAUUAAGAAACAAUUAACUGAAAAAGAAGACCAGCAUCAAAAAGAAAAACAGCAACUUGAAAUGUGCCUUAUGUUACAAGAUGUGGAACUGAGGCAUCUCAGAAAUGAUAUGAAGAAGUUGCAAGAAACACGGGAUCAAGAGGCACAGGCUGAAGAGAGUGACAGGAUGGUGAAGGAACACCUGCAAAAGGUUGAACAAGAAAUUUUCAAGCUAGAAGAAACUGUCAAAAAGCAAGCAGAGACCAUAGAACAACUCGAGAAAAAACUAUUAAGAAAAGAUAAUAGUUUGAUACAAAUAGGUCAAGAAUUUGUUAAUAACUUCAGAGAAAUGUAUACUACUUCAGUAAUGAGACAGCUGGAAUUCAGAAUUCAAAGUCUGCAAAGCACAAUCUCUGAAAUAAAGAUUCAAACUCGUGCUGAUGUAUUGACGCUGGACAGCUGUAACAAACUUCAUCAAUCAUAUAAACUGAGGGAGACCCAAGCUCAGCUGAAGGAUGUCAUCUCCCAGUUAUACAUGGUGACUCAGAACAACAUGUCAUUACUAAACAUACUUGCCGCUCAGUGUCCCCGUGUGGCAAACUUUCACAAGUGUUUGGGAAACCACUUUACCCAAGAGAACAUGAUGACUCCCACUUCAAGUCCACCAUCUUCAAAACACUACAGAACAGCCAAUGUGGAUGUGGUUAGUGUUAUUAAUACUUUUCCCUCUGAGAGUAAAAAAUUUUUUAAACGAACAAAAACAAAAACUGAGCAUAAAAAUGAAGAGCAUAGUUUCUCUGAAGUUUCCAACCCCAGACAAUUUGAAAUGGAGAGUCCACUUGAUAUACCAAGAUAUGAGAUAACAGCAGAAGAUCAAGAAACUGUUGAUAACACACUAGGGAACCAUGAUGCCUCAUUCAUAAGUCCACAGGAAUCCAGAUUUACAAAUCUGCAAUCUGAACACUCAAAAGAAAUGACUCAUCAAGGUUCACACAAAGCUAAAUCAAAAAGGUGUAAGGAUCCCUAUUUAGAAAGGUUGCUAUUACCUUCCAAGUCUAAGGAGAGGCAAGAUAAGGCAAUGAGGAAGAACUCUGAGAAAAUGGAGCCUUACAGUUGUGCACCAAAUAUCUGCAUGACCAACCCUGCUUCCGGGUUUGCAGCUGAGCCUCCCGACAGUGGCUGGGAACACAACAGAAGUUUCUUGGAAAGAGAACCCUUGAUCCACAGCCCUUUGCUGAGAUCUUCUUCCUCAGGAGUUCGAGUGACUGGUGGCUUUCUGUUGCUUCUCAUUAGCAUUGGCAUUAGAAAGGGAAGAAAAUCAGCUAAACUAGAGGAAUAUGAGGAGUUCUAUCUAGAAAUGGUAGAAAUGACAAAGUCAUUAUCUCAUGAACAACUAAAGUCUAAGAAGAGGCAAGAUGAGGCCAUGAGGAAAAACUUUGAGAAAACAGAGCUGUAUAGUUCUGCACUGAACACGUACAUAACAAACUCUGCUCAGGAAUUUGCGGCUGGCCAUCCCCACAGCAGUCAGGAACAUGGUGAAAGCUUCAUUCAAGAAGAACCAUUGGUCCCAGGCUCGAGGCCAUGGCACUUUGUGGAGAGUCUAGAUAACUACGUGUGCAGGAGAAGAAUUUCAGGAUUAGUACGAAAGCCAGCCCGAAAGGAACAGCUAUUGUUGUUAAUUAAGCAGAAAGGCCAACACACCAAGGAGAGGAGAGCCAAACUUAGAAGAGGAACGUACCCGAAUGCCUCUGCUGUAACCAUGAUUGGGACCUUGAGGCUACUGAACCGGCAUGUGCCUCCAGACCCCUUGUUCUUGCUUUAA